UGACGGCCGAUUUAAGCGACAAAAGACCGUCAGGGGUCUAGACGGACCUCAAUCCAUCAUUAGAUUUGGAACUGUCAGUUGAAGACACUCUGCUGUUACUCAGAGAACGUCCGACAGCGUCUUGAUCCCCACACUCUCUUUCUAUAUAUUUCUAUAAGUUCGACCGUACCUGCAUACCUUUCAUUUACCUAUCCCAACACUCAAAAACUUUCAAUUGAAUACUUCCCAAGUCACACACAAUGGCAUCCAGCGCUGCAAGUGAGCGGACCGAGUCAGUCUCCUCCCACAGCUACAAGAAGUCCCUCUCCAAUAAGGCCGACCCCAAUGCUGCCCUGAGAGAAGAGCAACCGAUUGCCAAUGCCAUCGGUGGUACAUCCUUGUUCUCCUUGCGAUCCAUGCAGCAUCGCGAUGCAAAAGGCGAGAUUAUCACCGAUCCGGAUCGCUCCAACCCGACUCGCCCCCGACUGGAACGACCGCUCGAUACUAUCCGUAGCUUUGAGGCGGCCAUUGAGGCACGCCGACGAGAGAAUGCCAUGUGAUAGAUAGAAACUGGGAGUCGGGAUUGGUGUUCUUUUGGGAAUUGCUUUGUUUUCUUUUUUUUUUUUCGAGAAUGAUCUGAUGGGAAUGGUUGAUUGAGCGAUUGUCUGUAUGAAUAUUAUGACUGGGACCGUGUGAAUAUUAUAUUAUUUUUAGUGACCUGAAGAUCUCAAAUAUUGGGCCAAUGGAU